AAGUGCAACGUUCUAAUUUCUCCCAUGUACGAAUUGGUCGCCUUAGCUUCCAAAAUAAGCAAUAUACGUCAGUUAAGACAAUUCCACGGGCAUCUUGUUCACAAUUCCCUCCAUUCUCAUAACUACUGGGUUUCUCUGCUCCUCAUUAACUGUACCCGUCUUCACGCUCAUCCUGCCUAUGUGGAUUCUAUUUUUACCUCCUCGCCGUCCCCCGAUGCUUCUGUUUACAGUUGUAUGCUCAAAUAUUACUCCCGCAUGGGUGCGCACAAUCAAGUCGUUUCCCUCUUCAAAUGUACGCAUUCUCUAAAUCUCAGGCCUCAGCCCUUUGUUUACAUUUACUUGAUCAAGUUAGCUGGUAAGUCUGGCAAUUUGUUCCAUGCUUAUGUCCUGAAGUUGGGCCAUAUUGACGACCACUUCAUCCGUAAUGCUAUCUUGGAUAUGUAUGCUAAAAAUGGCCAAGUCGAUCUUGCCAGGAAUCUGUUUGAGCAAAUGGCUGAAAGAACUUUAGCGGACUGGAAUUCAAUGAUUUCUGGCUGUUGGAAAUCAGGAAAUGAAACUGAAGCGGUUGUGCUGUUUAAUAUGAUGCCUGCUAGGAAUAUUAUUACAUGGACCUCCAUGGUUACUGGGUAUGCCAAGAUGGGGGACUUGGAGAGUGCUAGAAGGUAUUUUGAUGAGAUGCCAGAGAGAAGUGUAGUCUCAUGGAAUGCAAUGCAAUCAGCUUAUGCUCAAAAGGAAUGUCCAAAAGAGGCUUUGAAUUUGUUCCAUCAAAUGCUGGAAGAAGGGAUCACUCCUGAUGAUACAACAUGGGUUGUUACAAUUUCAUCAUGCUCUUCCAUCGGUGAUCCUACCCUUGCUGAUUCAAUUCUAAGAAUGAUCGACCAAAAGCAUAUCGUUUUGAAUAGUUUUGUCAAGACAGCUUUACUUGACAUGCAUGCAAAAUUUGGUAACCUUGAGAUUGCUAGAAAUAUCUUUGACGAAUUGGGAAGUCAGAGGAAUGCUGUUACUUGGAAUAUCAUGAUCUCAGCUUAUACGAGGGUGGGAAAACUGUCAUUAGCUCGAGAGUUGUUUGAUAAUAUGCCAAAAAGAGAUGUUGUUUCAUGGAAUUCGAUGAUAGCUGGCUAUGCACAAAAUGGAGAGUCAGCCAUGUCAAUUGAGCUCUUUAAAGAAAUGAUUUCUUGUAUGGAUAUACAGCCAGAUGAGGUUACCAUAGCUAGUGUUUUGUCUGCUUGUGGUCAUAUUGGAGCUCUAAAGUUGAGUUACUGGGUUCUAGAUAUUGUUCGAGAGAAAAACAUUAAGUUGGGGAUCUCAGGAUUCAACUCUUUGAUAUUUAUGUACUCUAAAUGUGGAAGUGUGGCAGAUGCCCAUAGGAUAUUCCAAACUAUGGGGACAAGAGAUGUUGUUUCUUUCAAUACACUGAUUUCAGGAUUUGCAGCCAAUGGUCAUGGGAAGGAAGCGAUCAAGUUAGUAUUAACAAUGGAGGAAGAAGGAAUUGAACCAGACCAUGUCACAUAUAUUGGUGUUUUGACUGCAUGUAGCCAUGCAGGGCUGCUGAAUGAAGGUAAAAACGUCUUUAAGUCAAUUCAAGCACCUACCGUGGACCAUUAUGCCUGUAUGGUUGAUUUAUUAGGAAGAGCAGGUGAAUUAGAUGAAGCCAAAAUGUUGAUUCAAUCUAUGCCGAUGAAACCCCAUGCUGGUGUUUAUGGCUCUUUGUUGAAUGCCAGUCGAAUUCAUAAAAGAGUUGGGUUAGGAGAACUUGCUGCUAGCAAGCUCUUUGAACUUGAACCUCAAAACCUCGGAAAUUAUGUUCUACUUUCUAAUAUAUAUGCCUCAUUCGGAAGAUGGGAAGAUGUUAAAAGGGUUAGAGAGAUGAUGAAGAAGGGAGGUUUGAAGAAAUCAGUUGGGAUGAGUUGGGUGGAAUAUAAGGGUCAAGUGCAUAAGUUCACUGUGGGCGAUAGAUCACAUGAACAAUCAAAAGAUAUAUAUAAAUUGUUGGCUGAACUUGAAAGGAAGAUGAAAAGGGUUGGCUUUGUGGCUGAUAAAAGUUGUGCACUUCGAGAUGUUGAGGAGGAAGAGAAGGAAGAAAUGCUGGGAACUCACAGUGAGAAGUUGGCCAUUUGUUUUGCUCUCCUUAUAAGUGAAGUGGGGACAACAAUUAGAGUAGUAAAGAAUUUGAGGAUUUGUUUGGAUUGCCAUACUGCUAUUAAGAUGAUCUCAAAGCUAGAGGGAAGAGAGAUCGUGGUUCGUGAUAAUAAUAGGUUCCAUUGUUUUAGUGAAGGGAUGUGUUCUUGUCAUGAUUACUGGUGAAUCAGCAAAGAGCAACUUUAUGUAUAAAGUUUACUUUCGAGAAAUUGUAAGCCAAACUGGCCUCCUAUAGUAAUGCAUGAAGAUUACUAUACUUGUCCCCAUCCUCAAUUUUUAGCAGAAAAAUACUUAUUGAUUAGGUGUGAAAAAUACUUAUUGAUUAGGUGCGGGGAUCAAUAUCAAAGAGCAUUAUCAUCUCUGUGACCUACCUAUUAGAGCCGUAGGAGUUUUAUAUUUUCAUUUUUUACUUCGGUGUUAUUUUGUACUUUAUCCAUUCACAAUUCAAUGGACCUGACCAGCUCUAUCAGUCCAUAAUAUUAAUGAUAAUAAUAAUAAGAAUAAGAUAUUGGUCUGAGGAA